AUGUCUUCUCUAUCCCGUCGUGCGUGCUUCAAGUGCGGAAACGUUGGCCACUACGCCGAGGUCUGCUCUUCGUCUGAGAGGCUCUGCUACAACUGCAAGCAGCCAGGCCACGAGUCCAACGGAUGCCCGCACCCGCGCACCACCGAGACCAAGCAGUGCUACCACUGCCAGGGUCUCGGACACGUCCAGGCUGACUGCCCGACUCUGCGCCUGAGCGGAGCCGGCACAAGCGGACGUUGCUACAGCUGCGGUAUCGCUGGCCACCUUGCCCGCAACUGCCCCAACCCUGGAAUGGGUCGCGGCGCCGGUGCUCCCCGUGGAGGGUACGGAGGAGGUUUCCGUGGCGGCUUCGCUGGCGGCGCUCGCCCGGCCACCUGCUACAAGUGCGGUGGACCCAACCACUUUGCCCGCGACUGCCAGGCCCAAGCCAUGAAGUGCUACGCCUGCGGCAAGCUUGGCCACAUCUCCCGGGAUUGCACUGCUCCCAACGGCGGCCCAUUGAACACUGCCGGCAAGACCUGCUACCGCUGCGGCGAGACUGGUCACAUCUCCCGCGACUGCACACAGGCUGAGGUCAACGGCGAUACCACCGCUGCCCCUGUCGCUGCUGCUCCCGUCCCGGCCGCUGCCCCCACCGCUACUGUCGCUUAG